CUGGUUCCGGAAGCCGAACGCAGGAACACCAGGACAAAAGACCGCUUAACUAUUAUUGCUCAUUCCUAGAAUGGGGAAACACUUCAAUCGUUAUGCUAUCCGUGAGGCUUUCCUUCUAUUUAUCGGAAAGAGUUAUUGUCAUAUCCGGGCGUGACUCUUAUGCGGGCAAAGUUUAUUUCGACCGCCUGAGUUGCGCGUGUCUGGCAGACUAAGGUGGAGGGCGGAAUACAAUAGUCUAGAUCGCUUGCCCCAUCACAAAAGGCAUCUUAUCGAGCUCCUCCUCCCCGCCCAAAUUCCAUCAUAUUUUCCGCAGAGCCCUUGCGACUCCUGCUAAAACUCGCACCUCCUGGGUCUACAAAUACUGGAACGCUCACUCUCCAUAACCUUACCACCUUCUCUCCAGUGGCAAACCAUCAUUCGCUACGAAAACAAGAUUUGUCAUGUCGUCAAAGGAAAAGCCGGGGUCGCCAGCACCUUCGUCGUCUCAAGAGCCAAAGGAUGAGGAUGAGGAGGAGAUGGACUUAAUAAAUGCCUUCAUGUCUGGAGAGAAGACCUUCUAUUCGCCCCUGCCACCGGUAAAGCCCACGCCUCCGAAACCAUCUGGUAGCAGGAAGCGUGUCGCGUUCGCCGAGCCCAGAGAAGAACCAUCAAAGGCUCCUAAGAUUGAACACAGACAGAUUUCUAUGCCCGCCGAACUGAUGGUUCCGAACUCCCGUCGUACUCCUUGGAAGGCUCCUAAACAUCAUAGUUUGCCUUGUACCUUGAAAAGGCAGAAUCCCAAUUACUGGUGGUCAGCAGUCACACCAGAACAUCGAAUUCCGCCUGUUCUUAACGAGAAUGAGAGCGGAAGCAAUUCUCGGCUGGGAAAUUCUUCUCAAGGACGCCUCGGCUCCUGAAUUCAUGUUUCAAUAACUUAUAUCAAAAGCAUUUCUCGGGCCAACUUGGAUUAUUACGGUGAUAGUACAUACUUUUUUUCUCUUUCUUUUUUGGGGCAACUAGGGAGCUGGGUGGCAUGGGUUGUGCGUUUGGGUCUUAUUUUUCCACAAAACUAUUCCUGGGGUUUCACUAUAUUUUCGCAUUUCCUUUUCUACAAUGCCUUUUUUCUUUAUAUUUUAUGUCCUACAAUCUGUUUCCCUUGCGCUGCGUUGGCAGCGGGAAAUAUUUUCCGAUUUCUUGCAUUUUACCUACGACCCUUUAUCCACUGGUUUAUCGAAUUUUCCAUCUGUGCCCGACGUUAUGAUCUCAACAGCCCGACCACCACCCCCGAACUCUCUACAUUUAUCAAAUCAUCUCUCUCCUAAAUUCCUACCCCCAUCCCUCCGGAUUUCAAUUUAAGGAGUCAGUUCACGGUCCUCUGAGCGGUGGACUAUGCUCAAAACGUCACCUCCCACUAUUUCUUUCCUAGGAUACAGGUAAAUUAACUCACCCUUCCAUCUAUUGAUCUGCUCCGAGCCCGAAUUGUGUGACGCGGAGACUAACAUCUCAUAAGUUUACGAAACCAUAACGUUCGGCCGGCUGGUGGGGAAUCCUCAAAUUUCUGGGUUCUUGGGAGACUGGUUCGUGUAAGGAACCGCUUAACAUCGCCCGCUGAUAUACUAGCUUUGGUAUUAACUCAUGACAUAGAUAAGACCUACGCCUGACCAGCUCCCAGAUUUGUGGGAAGUAUGAAUAUCGGUUCCUGUCCCAGAGUAUAUAGGAUUAGCCAGAAGGGAGCAAACAAGUUCGAGAAACUCGAGAAAUCCAAGCGGGUCGUUGGAUUUAACGAAGUUGGAAAAUAACCAAAUCGGAAAGAAGAUCCCACCAUGGUAUCGAAACCCCGCACAGUCUUGGAUAGUACCCAUUCCCGUAACUGUCCUCGGACACCACGGGUAGAGAGAGGAAAUGGCAAGUCUGGCCCCCCGCACUCCAGAGAUUCGGUUCAACUGUCCUUUCUACAUUUGGAUGCGCAAGUACUGUCCAUUUUACGGUACUAUCAAUGGAAGGGAACACGACUAGUUAUUUAGGGCUUGAUUGCAGCUUCAAGAAAUCAUCGAACCAUCGCAACUCAGCAUCUCGAGGCCGUCGUAGUCACGGUGUUUAUUGGGGCAACAAACCGCCCGCUAUUGUCGACGUUACCAGAGCUCAUCUCCGCGAUUCGACUCCCACCACCUAUAUCUGAGUUCAGGUUGUUACAUCGCUCUUUAUGCAAACGAGAUACAUUGGCAAUGGUUUCCGUUCAUACUUUUUACUAUGAUACCUACUCGCUCAUGCCAUACCAUAUCAUAUUUCUUUUUUGUCUACGAAGGACUGUAUAUAGACAGGAUUGAAAGACGAAUAGAGGACAUCCAAAGUA